GAGAGAGAGAGAGAAAGAGAGAGAGAGAUAGGGCACAUGGAGCAUCCUUUUCUCCAGAGGGAGCGCGAGAGAGAUCUGUGCGCUCAGCCAGUGGCCUUGCCUGUCAUUCCAUUCAGAAGGCAGAAUUCAACCCAGCUGCUCAACCCUCUUUUUCCCACAGUCGGUAGAUCGAUUCUGGCCGAGCAACCACCAGGUGUGUGUGGGGGGUCAUUCCUGUAUUGACCGGCUUCCUCCCCAGACAGAGAAAACCACUUUCCACCUGCUGCAUCAGGAUUUAGAAGGCGAUGGGUUUUUGAAACCGGCCGGGGUGGAAAAAGGACACCUGAGAACAUAUUUCAAAGGGACAGAAACACGCCUGCGAUCCAGAAGAGAAACCGGGUGAACCAAGAAAGGUCGAGCGUUUGCUGCGGGCCAACCGGGGGGAGACGGCCCUAGAUGGAUCUGCGUCUUUCAAACCGUGAGCAGGUCUUCGACAGAAGCAAGAUGCACACCUGCCCAAAAGCGCCUCUGCCGCUAUGAAAAAGCUCCUUUGUGACAGAACAUGAAUUGGCAGGCACCCGUCCUACUGAGGACUAGCAUCUCCCCAUGAUUUCCAGGACCUUUUCCGAAGAGUCUUAACUGAUUCGGGCUUCGGGGGCUGCAAUCAUGAUCUCCGCAGAUCUCUUUGGAACCACGGGCCACCUGGGCAGCCUGGCGCCGAAGCCCAGGUUUACGUAUUUCGCGGAGAAUCACACUACAGAAAUUUACGUGGGAACGGCCUCUCCGGCCCUGUGCAACGGGACCUACUUUGAACUCAACGGAUCCCGUUUUUGCAACGAGACCCGGGCCCUCAACCUUGCUGACCGGUCCGAGCAUCAGCAAUACGUAAUCGGCCUUUUCCUAUCAUGCCUGUACACGAUAUUCCUCUUUCCCAUUGGCUUCGUGGGGAACAUCCUCAUCCUGGUGGUGAACAUCAGCUUCCGCGAGAAGAUGACCAUCCCCGACCUCUACUUCAUUAACCUGGCGGCGGCCGACCUGAUCCUGGUGGUGGACUCCCUCAUCGAGGUGUUUAACCUCGACGAGAAAUACUACGACAUCACCGUCCUCUGCACGUUCAUGUCCCUCUUCCUCCAGAUCAACAUGUACAGCAGCAUCUUCUUCCUCACCUGGAUGAGCUUCGACAGGUACAUGGCCCUGGCCAAAGUCAUGAAGUCCAACCUGUUCCGCACCAUGGAACACGCCAGGCUCAGCUGCGGCCUCAUCUGGCUGGGCUCCAUUUCGGUCGCCCUGGUGCCCUUCACGGCCGUCCACUGGCAACACUCGGGGGAGGUACACUUCUGCUUUGCCGACGUGGUGGAAAUCCAGUGGCUAGAAAUCACUGUUGGGUUUAUCAUCCCCUUCGCCAUCAUCGGCCUCUGCUACUCCUUAAUCGCCCGAGUGCUGAUUAGUGCCCACAAGCACCGGAGUUUGCGCCUUCGCCGGCAGAGAGCCCUGCGCAUGAUUUUCGUGGUUGUCCUGGUUUUCUUCAUUUGCUGGCUGCCGGAAAACGUCUUCCUCAGCGUGCAGCUUCUCCAGAAGACGGACGAGCCUUCAUCCAGAGGCCGCUCUUUCAGACAUAACUACCCCUUAACGGGGCACAUCGUCAACCUGGCGGCCUUCUCCAACAGCUGUUUGAACCCGCUUAUCUACAGCUUCCUCGGGGAGACCUUCAGGGACAAACUGAAGCUGUACAUGGAACAGAAGACCAACGUCUCCAUGUUAAACCGCCUCUGCCACGCGACGCUGAAAUCAGUGAUUUCGGAUAGCACCGAACAGUCGGAGGUUUAGCUUAGCCCGAACCCAUGAAUAGACUCUGCUCACUCCUGCUUCUUACUAACAAAACAAGUGUGGGUUUCGUCCCAUUCACCAUGUUUCUGUAAGGAUGUGCAAAACA